CUGGUGUCUGAUUCGUUAUGGAUCGACGUGAACGACAGGUGUAUGGGAACGCUGGAGAUUGGAUUGAAGAAUGAAGACUCUAGGCUGAGUUUAUCACCUCAGAGCAAAGUGGAACUGAAGGUCACGGGCAAUGCAAAGGCCACAGUUGGGCUGCUGGCGGUGGACAAGGCUCUCUAUGUCCUGAACAGCAAACACAAGCUCACACAGAAGAAGGUCUGGGAUUUGGUGGAGGAGCAUGAUAUUGGCUGCACAGCAGGCAGCGGGAAAGACAGACUCGCUGUGUUCAAGGAUGCUGGACUGGACUUAAAGUUGAGCACGGGGAUGGACACUAUGGCAAGCUCAGACUGGCGAUGCCCCAAGAAGCCCCCCACCACUCGUCGCCGACGGGCCCUGAAGAGGAUAAAGGCCAAGAAAAAUGCAGUGGACAAGUUCAAGACCCAGCUGGAGCGGAAGUGCUGUGAGGCCGGGCUCCGGGACAGUCCUGCGGGGCUGACCUGCGAGGCGAGGAAGCGUCACGUGCGACCCGGGCCCACCUGCGUGGCCGCAUUUCUGAGCUGCUGCCACCUGUCUGAGGCUCUGACGCAGCAGGCCCUGGAGGAGCAGCUGUUCCUGGGGACAAGUGAUGACGAAGACUAUGAGUACGAGGAUUUCUUCCUAGAGAAUCUACCUAUUCGAACCUCGUUCCCUGAGAGCUGGCUCUGGACAACAUUUACCUUGCCUGAAAGCCAGUCGGGCAUCUCUCAUAACAUCAUCGAGAAGUACAUGCCUGACUCCAUCACCACCUGGCAGCUGGUGGCCGUGAGCCUCAAGGAAGGCCAAGGCCUCUGUGUCUCUGAGCCCCUGGAGCUCACAGUUCAAAAGUCGUUCUUUGUGGAUCUCAAGUUACCCCACUCGGUGAUCAGAAAUGAGCAGCUCCAGGUGCAAGCCGUGCUGUACAAUUUCAGAGACCAGGCUGUGCCGGUCCGAGUGGAAUUCCCCCACAAGGAGGCUCUGUGCAGCGCGUCCAAGCCGGGAUCCCCCUGGCGUCAGAGGGUGGUCGUGCCCCCCAUCUCCUCCAAGAUGGUGCCCUACAUGCUCAUCCCCCUGGAGAUCGGUCAGGUGGAAGUGGAGGUGAAGGUUGUGAGCAUCGAAGCCCGGGACCACGUGAGGAAGACUCUCCUGGUCCGGCCUGGGGGGCAUAUAGAGAAGAAUUCCCAGAGCUUCCUGCUGAGCCCUGAAGGACAGACCCAGACAAUGAGGCUGCCCCGGAAGGACAUCCAGAACCAAGUGCCCGGCACCGAGGCUGAAGUCUUCAUCAGUGUCCAAGGGGACAUCCUGGCGGAGACCGUCCUGGGCAGCCUGACCCCUCUAGAGCACAGGAAGCUACUGAGCAUCCCUACAGGGUGCCCCGAGCAGACUCUGAGCUCCCUGGCAUCCCUCGUCCUGCUGACCCAAUACCUGGACACCACCGGCCAGUGGGGCAAGGUUGGGGUGGAGCUCCGGGACCAGGUGGCCAAGAACAUCGUCAGCGGUUACACCCGCAUGGUGACGCACCAGAGCGCGGACGGCACCUACCACAUCAGCAAGGGCCGCCCUGGGAGCACUUGGCUCACCAGCUACGUGUUCCGGAUCUACUCGCUGGCCCAGCGCACCACAAGCAUCCCCGGACUGGACCACAAGUCUCUGUGCGCCAUGGCCGACUGGCUCUGCCGGGAGAGGCAGGAGGGGGACGGCCGCUUCGUGGAGCAUGGCCCCGUGGUGGUGGCCUCCAUGCAGGGUGGCUACCGGGGUUCUGAGGCAGACGUGUCCCUCACAGCCCUGGUCCUGAUUGCCCUGGAGGAGGGGAUGGACAUGUGCAAACAGAAAGUACCGAUUUUGCCCGCCAGCAUGGAGCGUGCCCGCAGCUUCCUGGAGACGCGCCUGCCCCACAUUCAAAAGAUCUUUGCUACGGCCAUCGCAUCCUAUGCACUCGCCCUCACCGAGAGCCCCCGAGCCAAUGACCGUCUUCUGGAUUUUGGCAGCCUCGGUAAAGCCCUGACUCUGGGGCAGCACCAGACUUUCUCCCUGUCCAGCAUCGAGGCCGUGGCUUAUAUCCUGAUGCAGAAGCUGCGGCUGGGUCUGUACAACGAGACGCACGCCAUCGCCAAGUGGCUUCUGGAGCAGAGGGAGCUGGGUGGGGGCUUCCGGUCCACCCAGACCACAGUAGUGGCCAUCGAGGCUCUGACCCGCUACCGCCAGGUGGUCCACGAUGAGGGAAUCCAGGAUCUCUAUGUGCAGAUCAGCAACCCCAAGAGGGCUCUUAACUUGGAGUGGGUCAUCGACCAGAGCAACGCCUACCAGCAGCGCACAGCCAAGUUCUCAGCUCUGGACGACCUGGAGAUCAAAGCCAGCGGCAGAGGGACGGGGACGAUCUCAAUCGUGACCAUAUACCACAGGUCCCCCGAGGCCGGGGAGGACUCGUGCAACCUUUACCAACUGAACGUGACCCUCCUGCACACCGAGAAACAGACUAAGAGUGGGGAAGAGACCUUCCAGCUGCGGAUAAAGACAAGGUUCCAGGGAGAGCAGGAGGCGACCAUGAGCAUCGUGGAGAUCUCCCUGCUCACCGGCUUCUACCCCAACCAGGAGGACCUCAAACAGGCAAGCAGUCCAACCCUCCCACGCUAA